GUAAGAGGUUCUAGUAUUCUCCGAGGCUGAAGCUGAGAGCCUGACGCCUAAGCUCUAUUGUAGAUCCUAGCUCCAUCUCCUUCAGGAUAUAAGGAAAAGAAGUAACAUUUCCACAAUGAUAGAUCUUUGGUUGUACAGGUUUCCCAAUGAGUGGAUCAUGAUGACCGUAUGGUAGGGACUUGCCAUAGUAUGGCUGCUUCCCGAUCUACUCGUGUUACAAGAUCAACAGUGGGGUUAAACGGCUUGGAUGAAUCUUUUUGUGGUAGAACUUUAAGGAAUCGUAGCAUUGCUCACCCAGAAGAAAUCUCUUCUCAUGCUCAAGUACGAUCAAGAUCACCAAAGAAGAGACCAGAGCCCGUGCCAGUUCAGAAAGGAAAUAAUAACGGAAGAACUUCAGAUGUAAAACAGCAGAGUGCUCGAGAAUCAUGGGUAAGCCCUAGGAAAAGAAGACUUUCUUCUUCAGAAAAGGAUGACCUAGAAAGGCAGGUCCUAGAGAGUUGUGAGAGAAGGCAGACAGAGACAGCACCGCCAGCAUUAAAGAACAUUAAACGCUGUCUUAGAGGUGAAGCCACAAACAGUUCAGAAGAAGACUCACCUGUAAAACCAGACAAGGAGCCGGUAGAACACAGGAGGACAGUAGUGGACCAUGAUGCAGAGUUUCAAGGGACUAAGCGAGCUUGUCGAUGUCUUAUAUUGGAUGAUUGUGAGAAAAGGGAAGUUAAAAAGGUGAAUGUCAGUGAGGAAGGGCCGCUUACGGCUGCAGUAGAAGAACUCACAGGCUAUUUGACUGUUAAUGGUGUUGAUGACAGUGACUCAGCUGUUACAAACUGUGAUGACUGUCAGCCUGAUGGGAACAUUAAACAGAAUAGCACUGGUUCCUACAUGUUGCAGGAAACAUCAGUAGAAACCCAGACUUCAAUGUUCUUUGGUAGUAGGAAGGAGGACAGCUGUAUAGACCAUAUUGUGCCUUGCACAAAGUCAGAUGUGCAGGUCAAGUUGGAGGACCACAAACUAGUAACUGCCUGCCUGCCCGUGCAACAUCGGAAUCAGCUGACUGCUGAGCCAGCUUCAGUCCCUGUUUCUGAAAUUCAGUCAUCCUUGAGAGAUUCUGAGGAGGAAGUAGAUGUGGUGGGAGAUAGCAGUGCCUCAAAAGAGCAGUGUAAUGAAAAUAGCAGUAACCGUCUGCACACAGACUCCGAAAGCACGCCAGUCUCUGGAGAGCCAGAAGCGUCUUCUAUGCUAGACUGUGCUUCAGCUCAAAUGACGUCUUUAUCAGAACCUCAAGAACAUCGAUACACCCUGAGAACCUCCCCUCGAAGGGCGGCCCCAGCCAGAGGUAGUCCCACUAAAAACACUUCUCCUUACAGAGAAAAUGGACAGUUUGAGGAGAGUAAUCUCAGUCCCAGUGAAACAAAUACAACUGUUAGUGAUAAUAUACGUGAGUCUCCCACGAAUGGUGUUGAAAUUUCUCAAAAUGAAAAGGUUCUGUGUUGUGACUCUCAGAACUGUGGAAGUGAAGGAGUAAGUAAGCCACCAUCAGAGGCCAGAGAGAAUACUGGACAACUGCCAUCUGCCAAAGAGAGUGCCGGCCAGCACACUGCCGAAGAGGAAGAUGAUGACCCUGAUGUGUAUUACUUUGAGUCAGACCAUGUGGCACUGAAACACAACAAAGAUUAUCAGAGACUGCUACAGACCAUUGCUGUACUUGAGGCUCAGCGCUCUCAAGCAGUACGAGACCUGGAAAGCUUAGGCAAACACCAGAGAGAAGCACUAAAAAAUCCAAUUGGAUUUGUGGAGAAACUUCAGAAGAAGGCUGAUAUAGGGCUUCCAUACCCACAGAGAGUUGUCCAGUUGCCUGAGAUUGUGUGGGACCAGUAUACCAAUAGCCUUGGGAACUUUGAAAGAGAAUUUAAAAAUCGCAAAAGACAUACGAGGAGAGUUAAGUUAGUUUUUGAUAAAGUAGGCUUGCCUGCUAGACCAAAAAGUCCUUUGGACCCUAAGAAGGAAGGUGAGCCCCUCUCGUACUCCAUGUUGCCAUUGAGUGAUGGUCCAGAAGGCUCCCAUAACCGUCCUCAGAUGAUAAGAGGUCGCCUAUGUGAUGACACCAAACCUGAAACAUUCAACCAGCUAUGGACUGUUGAAGAACAGAAAAAACUUGAACAACUACUCCUGAAGUACCCUCCUGAAGAAGUAGAGUCUCGGCGAUGGCAGAAGAUCGCAGAUGAGCUGGGCAAUCGGACAGCCAAACAGGUCGCCAGUCGUGUACAGAAGUAUUUCAUAAAGCUAACUAAAGCCGGCAUUCCAGUUCCAGGCCGAACACCUAACUUAUAUAUAUACUCCAGAAAGUCCUCAACAAGCAGACGACAGCACCCCCUUAAUAAGCACCUCUUUAAACCUUCCACUUUCAUGACUUCGCAUGAACCACCAGUGUAUAUGGAUGAGGAUGAUGACCGGUCCUGUUUUCACAGCCACAUGAGCACUGCUGCUGAGGAGGCAUCGGAUGAAGAAAGCAUUCCUAUCAUGUAUAGGAGUUUACCUGAAUAUAAAGAACUAUUACAGUUUAAAAAGUUAAAAAAGCAGAAACUUCAACAAAUGCAAGCAGAAAGUGGGUUUGUGCAACAUGUGGGCUUUAAGUGUGAUAACUGUGGUGUAGAACCUAUCCAGGGGGUCCGGUGGCACUGCCAGGAUUGUCCUCCAGAAAUGUCUUUGGAUUUCUGUGACUCUUGUUCAGACUGCCCGCAUGAAACAGAUAUUCACAAGGAAGAUCACCAGUUAGAACCUGUUUAUAAGUCAGAGACAUUCUUAGACAGAGACUACUGUGUGUCCCAAGGCACCAGUUAUAGUUAUCUGGACCCCAACUACUUCCCAGCCAACAGAUGACAUGGAAGAGUGUCGCCACUAAUCCUGGUCAACACCGCAGUGACGUCAUUGUUGGUGGUGUGCACAGUCUGCACACUCGCAGCGUGAGCGCUCCCCGAGUGUUCUCAUCAAGUACAGCUCUGCACCGGGUGCUGUGGAUGAGCAGCUGAGCAUUCCUGCUGAGCUGAGCGUUUCCCGCUGAGGUUUUCACCACCACCUCAAAGCCCUGUGGGUGGUGGGCCUAAGUGGGUGAGAUGGGAACGAGAGCUCGCAUUAAUGCCAGAGUGAAUUCCAAAGGCUUUAAAGACCUCGGUCACACAUGAUAAUGACAGACAAAGUAUUUAUAUUAAAUCAGUUUAGUAGCUUUCAGUUUGUGAAGAUAGUUUUCAGCGCAGAACAGACUUACAAAGUUUUAACCAAUGAUGGUGUUUGCUUCUAGGAUGUGUACUCUAAAGAGCUCACUGUCCGGUGGCCACGCAUGGCCUUCAGGGGACAGGAGCUGCUUAGCGGUUUGGUACCUAACUUUUAAUCACGAUGAACUGUCCUUACUAAGAGCAAAGCACGAGGUAGUGGUGGCUUUGCUUCUUUAACCAGCUCAAGGGGUGUGAAUGUCAUAAAGUUGUCAUGCAGAUAUAUUUUUUAAAUGUCAUGUUAUAUAAGAUGAUCAUGUGAUGUGUACAGACUAUGGUGAACGGUGCCAGUGGUAGUAACUGUGUAAACUCUGAUUCACAACAUUAACCCUUUAAAAUACACAGCCUUCUGCCUCUGUAUUUCGAGUUGUCAGUGCAGCUCGUCAAAGAAAACUGCCUAAUAUGAAAAUCAUAUAUAUGGUGAUAAUUUUUCCUCUUUUGUAGUCUGCACAAAAUCCAUAAAAGAUUGUAUUUUUAUUACUAUUUAACGAGUGAUUAAAUGUAGUCUGCACAGUGAGCAGAGUUCACAAGCAUUCUUUUAUACUGCUGGAUUUUGUUGUCCAUCAUUUAAAACAUUUUGUAUGUUUCUUAUCUGUGUAUACAGUAUGUUCUUGAAUAUUGUUCAUUUGUCAGGAGAACUGUGAGAAAUAAAGUAUGUGGAUAUGUUUGUUUAUAUUAUAGAA